CUGAACGCUUCCCUCACGAGUCACACAUCGCACGCGAGCCAAACAAACACAACACAGUCUGGAGGUGAAAUUAAAACUUCCGUUUUGUCUCUUGGAGCUUUAAUACUUCAAGAAUUAUUCUACAGUCAGUGCAUAAUGGAAAACCUAUGGGCUUAUGCUACUCUGGACACAAUCUACACUACAAUCAUGUACCACAUUGUCAGUUUUGUUGACACUGAAGAAGUGGAGGUUGUGCCUGCAAUCUGGGUGAAGAGUGGUAUGUGUUUAUGGCCUCCAUACAAGGGAGAAAGAGUUCAGAGGGCAGCCAAGUGUUUGGAGCAACCCCAGGUGUCUUGGUCUGCAUAUAAAGUAAAAAUUAUGUACACUGCAAAUAAUUAUAGUGAAGCAUGCCAGAAGCUACCUCUUGCAGAACAGCAGACCGAUCUCCAGUCAGAGGCUGUGCAUGACUCCCUGAUGCCACCAAAACGCCAAAUUAAACGAGACGGGUGCCUACUGGAUGAUUAUGACACUGAUGAGGAGGCUACCACACCCUUAAAAAACUAUUUGCCACAAGCCCCUCAAAUACAGCCACUAUCCAAAAGGAUUUGUUCAGCUUCUAAUGAGCUACAACCAAGUCCUCUAGGACAAAGUCAAAAUCAAUCCCCAGUUGUGACACAGAUUGCGGAAACUUCUAGACCAUCCUUGUUGGGGAUAAGUCCUGCCUCUGAGUGGCAUGAAAAUACUCUGCUGCCUCACCAGAUUUCCCAGCAGCCGUCGGAAACAAGUAGUUCUGACAGAGCAUCACAAGACAUCACAGAACAUAACAGUGAAUUGACAUGGCCACAGGACACGACUGUACAGUCUCCCGAGCAGCCGGCACAGUCACCGUGGCAUCAUGAAGCACCCAGACCCCAGAGAAAAAGCCUCUCAAGCUAUGACCCAUUCAUAACCUCACUUCUCCAUGACAUAUUAACUAAACAAGAAAUUCUUAUGGAGCAGCAGAGGAAGAUUAUGAGGAUGGUGCAAGAUCUCAAAGCAAACAGUGUUUCUGAGAUCACAGAGGCUAACCAUUCAAGUACAAAUCAAUGUACAAUUGAAGAUUUGAGGUCAUUAACUUCCCUGGAAAGUGAUCUUCGAUCUUGUCCGGAAACAAUAGUAAAAGUGGAAACAUACAGUGGGAGCGGAGAAGAUGAAAUGGCAUACAAGGAAGAAGAAAUGUGUCCGGUACAAACAGGAAAUCAACAGGCACCAAAGAUGGGCAAACCCUGUGGUCCUACAUGUGGAAAGAAAUGUACGGAGAAGAUCCCGCAUGUUCGAAGAAAAGAAAUAUUUGACGCCUAUAAGGACAUGUCACACAGCGACAAAUGGGCUUUUGUAUUUCACUCAGUUACUCAAUCACUGAAAACACGUUUCACGACAGGAGGUCCCAGCAGACGCAAAAAGACUUUUCAGUAUCAUCUAAAUAACAGCCUCGGGCAACCUCAAGAUGUUUGCAAAACCUUCUACCUAACCACACUGGGAUACCACCCAAAAAACGACAGAGUGAUUAUCAGCGUGACAGGCAACGCAUCUAGUGCCGUUCCUCCUCCAGACCGCAGAGGGCGACACCCACCUGCCAAUAAAAUAGAUCUGUCGCCAAUUUACGAACACAUUGAAUCGUUCAAUCCAACUAUCAAUGACUGUAAAUGUGAACACUCCGAAAGCAGACGAUAUUUACCAAGCAAUGUAACUGUCAUGAUGAUGUAUAAAGACUUUAAAGGCAAAAGUCCAACUGCAUGUUCUUAUGAAACCUAUAGGAAAGUCAUAAAAGACAUGAAUAUAGGUUUCAGGAAGUUGAGAGCAGAAGAGUGCAAAGAGUGUCUGGAACGCGAUAUUCACAUUAAGACUGAGCAUCUCUAAAGCAAACGGUAGCAAAUAAACGCUGUGCCUGUUAUCACACUGUGCUAAAUUUAAAAUAAGAGCAUGAUUCUAUAUAAGUCAGGAUUUCACUCGACUUUAUAUAUUAAUUCUGCGGCAAAAGUUUUGGCUACUUUUUACGCCUCUAUGACCCAUACAGAUGUUUAAGGCCCCGAUAUACUUCAAACGAAGUUCUUCUUCGUUCUUCAGUGUAUUCAUGUUGCUACUAACUUGUUUUUGUUGUUAUAUUGUUUUGGAUGUUGUUCUCCUUUCUGACCUCUGUGGAAGGGGAAAUUAACUGUAAAAAAAUAAAUAAAAAUCAUGUCAAAGAAGGUGGAGUUCCAGAACACACCCACCGAUUGUGUAAUUGGCACAGACCAAUAGUAGCUCAAAGGUGUUUAAAAAAACAAAACAAACUCCCCCAGAAAGUUUCCUUUGGUGAAAGGUGACCAGACCCGUGCUACCUCUGAAGGACACGUUCGACACAGGAUUUCUAAAUUGCCUACAAUAACCAGUUGUUGGUUGUUUGCGCUGCACCGAUCCAUCGUUGUAUGAUAUCAAAGUACAGCGAGAGCGAUUUGGAAUCAUGAACCCCUUUCACACUUCACGAAAAUUGCCCGAGUGCCUACUGUGUGAACACAAACACAAUUAAUUCCGGGAUCGAUCCCGGGUUGGGGACCUAGUAACAUUGCUGGGUUCAGUCCCGGAACGAGCUCUGUGAACAAAAGCCUGAACCAAUGCCGUAAAGGGUGUGUCGUAGUGAUGACGCACGAUACUGCGACUCUUUUACCGGGUGUUUUGAAGGAAGAUCAACGUUCACGUUGAAAAAAUAUGUGCAAUCUCCGGAAAAUCACUGGCAGUGUGAAUGAACCACAAUCAAACGAUCCCGGGAUAAAUCACGGGACACAUUAUCCGUGUAUUUUCUGGAAUUUCUGUGUGAAAGAGGCCAUGGCGCCAUCUGCUCUGCUCUCUAGCUCUCGCGAUACUUUGAUGUCAUACAACGAUCGAUCAGCGCAGCGCAAACAACCAACACCUGGUUAUUUUAGGCAAUUUAGAAAUCCUGUGCCGAACGUGUCCCCGGGAAGUGGCAUGUAUUAAAAAAAACCUUAGUUUGGUGAGCUGUUUCGAACAAACUUCGUUUCGGCCUGAUUUGGUUCGAAAUUACAUAAUAUCAGUUUGUUCUUUGAUUCAUUCGAAGUAUAUCAGGGCCCUUACUGUGUUAGAAAAUAGAUGAAAAAUACAGUAAAGCAACUACUCAGUUUUUAAAAACAGCAAGAUAAUUAGAUGAAUUCACAUUUACUUACCUGCACUCUCUCUAUUUGUAUAUUGUUUACUUUGGAUCACGUUUUGUUGGUGGUGUAGCAACUGCAGUUGUAGGCCGCCACAGAUUUGUUUGUUUUGUUUGUUUUUUUUCUUUCCCUGAAGAUGGGAUUGGGAAGUGUUAUAACAGUAUCAGUUAUCUAAUCAGAAAAGAGCUAGUGAUGGCGAAGCGAAGCUUUCAACACUAUAGUAUUGGAAAAAAGUUCAUUACGCGAAGCUUUUCAACACUGUUUAUGCUGUGGCCAUCUAGUGGUCAUAAAAAUGAAUAACACCUUACAACGAGCUGUGUUCCAUUACAGCUGCUGGUUUCACAUCUGGUUCUGCAUACGAUUCUUUGUUUUAUUUUAUUGUCUAUAAAUAAUGGCCAUUGUCAAAGUCGUUCAUUUGUGUUGGUGUACUGCCACUAAAAUAAGUCAAAUAAAUCAAAUUCAUAA